CCUGGUCGUGCACACGUACAAAACCUGCCUCCCCACUCUCUCUGCCCAUCAGUUUCCCUGCCCCUCGCGUCAUCUCUUCUCUCGCCCUAUCGUGUCCCUGGCCAUGGCCGUGCAGGCGCAGCAUGUCUCCCGUGCCUUCCACCACCACCUCCACUCCUACAGAGUUCUGGAGGACGGGGCGACGGGUGCCUCUUUGUUCCAGGACGAGCGCGGCGGGUGCGCGCUGGCGAUGGCCGGGAUUGGCAACGCGAUGCCGAGCGACGUCCCCAGAAGCGAUCUCACCUGCAACGACAACAACCACAACUACGCUUUCGUGCCGAGGAAGCGGGCGCGCGUGGUGGCGGCGGCGGCGCCUGGUUUGAUGGACGAGCAACCGCGCGGCGUUAGAACGGCUGCGGCGGCGCAGGGGUUUGUGCCCGUCGGCGAUAUGGCGAGCAGGUCGAUGGGUUCCGGAGUCGCGUCAACCAGCGGGAUGAGUGGCAAUGCCAACGCCGGCUUGUCGCAGGGCCUCCUGUCGCAUCUGUACAACCAGGGAAUGGAGAUCGACGCACUCGUGCAAGUCGAGACCGAGCGGAUGCGGGCGGGACUGGACGAGGCGUGGCGGCGGCACGUCCGGGCGCUGGUGGCGGCGGCCGAGCGUGCCGCGGCGGUGCGGCUGCGGGCUGCGGAGGCUACGCUGGAGCUCGCGCGCUGCCGCAACGCGGAGAUGGAGGAGAGGCUGCGCCAGAUCGGCGCGGAGGGCCAGGCCUGGAUAGGCGUCGCGCAGAGCCACGAGGCCGUCGCCGCGGAACUCCGCGCUACCCUCGACCAGCUCCUCCAGUCCCGUUGCGCCGCCGGGGAGGGCGACGCCGAGGACGUGCAAUCGUGCUGCUUCGAGACCCCCGCGUGCGGCAACGCCAGCGCCGACGACGCGGCGUCGAUUGCAACGGCGGCGGCGUGCAGGGCAUGCGGCCAGGGUGGGGCGUGCGUGCUGGUAUUGCCGUGCCGUCACCUGAGCCUGUGCCGCGCGUGCGACGCCAGCGUGGACACGUGCCCCGUGUGUGCGGCCACCAAGAACGCCUCGCUGCAUGUCCUGCUCUGCUGACGCCUCAAGCUGUGGAAGCCGUGGUCUAUCUUCCGUUUACAGGGUCGAACGGAUGUACUUCAGUAGAAGCCGAGUUUUUCCCCUGAACUUUGAAGAAGCGAAGUUUUGGUUAAGGAAUAGCAGUGCUCUUUUAUCAUCUCAACAAUUUUGUAUGGUCAAAGACUCGGGGUUUUGGCUAGAAGAAAUUCUGUCAGUGAGGCUCCGAAGAAUGCUACCUGCUCGGAAUUACACAAUUGGCUUGCGUGGAAUUGUUGGAGAUCCAAUCAUGUCACCAAUGCACCCUGAAUUCUACUGAAAAGGUUAUUUUAGAAAUAGCACAGUAUAUAUCAAAGUGGGAAUGUCACAUUGAGCAGUAUGUUUGAAACUCUGGAUCAUUCAAGAAAUUGGUUUCGUGGAAAUUCGAAUGACAACAUAUGAUGAUGACUGUUGGAGCCCUCAGUCCUCAGCAUGGUAUGGUCAGGAUUCAGGAACUCAGGAUGCAGCAUGGUUGGUCCGUGAGAAUCAUCCCAAUGGCCGCCUUCUGCCCUCUGAACUUGGCGCUGGGUCAAAGUGGGGGUGUGCAGACGUGUUCGAAGGAUCGGCGGCUCGUUGUGGAAGAUCGUGGAAUAGGACAAGGUUUUGUUCGCACGUCUGAUUCCGGCGUGGAAAUGCGGAUCGGAUGAAGUUGUUAGAAGUGACGGAAGCUAUUGCGAUAUGAAGAACAUGACUGAUUGAUUGAUUGAUGACAUGGUGCUUGUAAUAUCCCAGUAUUUGGGGUUACAAAAAAUAGAGUAAACAGAUGUGUGCAUUGCAUUCAUGCAUAGAAAAUCCGAGAAAUUUUCGCGCUUUUGUUUAAAA